AGUAGCAGCAGCAGCAGCAGCUCGUCAUGUGAAUGUUGUUGAGGCGGCUCGGGGAUGAACUGCAGUCAUGGGCUGUUGCUGGAUGCUUCUGCUCGGAGGAUCUUAUGAACCUCCGAUUAUUUAUGAUGUUUUACCGUCACGAAUGGAGAAAUUUCCCAGAAAUGAAGGAUUGUUUUUUGUCAACUUUGGCUAUUUCUGAUUCGCGCCUCCCUUCAACAGCACUUUCAUCAGCGACUUCACUUCACUUCACAUGCUAACUGAAGCUAACUCAAAUCAGCGCCAGAUUCCCCGGACUCUGCAAGAGAUUCAUGAUGUCAUUAUUUAUUUUAUUUCAUUUCACUUUUAUAUUUUACUUCAUUUUAUCGACACACGUGAAUAUAUGAAGUUUUUAUAUCCCGAAAUCAGAGAGUUUAAUAUGAAUUCCUCAGUGGAUUUAUCGCUGAAGAAAGCGCUGAAAACUCCUCCGACACGACGAACUGCUGAGGACCUAAACACCAUCUACACUCAUCUGUUUCACAUGGAUGUGCUGUGUCACCUCAGAGAACAUCAGCUCAGGUCCAUGUGCAUGACAGCCAGGUACGAGCGCUAUGAGGCUAACCAUGUUCUCUUCUAUGCUGACAGCAUCUCCACGUGCUGGUUUGUCCUGCUUUCGGGCUCAGUGCUGGUCAAGGAGCACAUGUAUCUGGCGCGAUGCUGUUUCGGGACGCAGCGUGGAGGAAGACGAGGCUGUGAAUGCAUCACUUUAGAGCCGUCUGAGAUGAUUGUGCUUCCUGGUGACCUCAGCAAGAUGCACCUGACAGACCACGCCCACCAGCAGAUGCACAUGCCUCCCAGCCAAUCAGGAUGCAGCAUCGCCAGUGACUCGGGGAGCAGCAGCCUAUCAGACAUCUACCAGGCCACCGAGAGCGAGAUGGGUGACGUGGAUCUGUCCGGCCUCCCCGAAGCUCCUGUGGACUCUGAGGAAGAGGAGGAGGAUGAAGAUAUCGAGCGCUCCUCGGAGGCUCUUCUGGGCAGAGAUCUAGUGCGAGAGUGUCUAGAGAAGGAUGCGGUGGAUCGGACCGAUGACGACAUCGAGCAGCUCCUGGAGUUCAUGCACCAGCUGCCGGCAUUCGCUAACAUGACCAUGUCCGUCAGGAGGGAGCUGUGUCGGGUCAUGAUGUUCGAGGUGGUGGAACAGGAAGGCACCAUCAUUCUUCAGGACAAACAGGAGCUGGACCUGUGGUACGUGAUCCUGAAUGGUGCUGUAGAGAUCAGCUAUGGAGACGGCCGAACAGAGAUCCUGUGCAUGGGCAACAGCUUCGGAAUCUCACCAUCUCUAGACAGACAGUUCAUGAACGGGGUUGUGUGCACUAAAGGAGAUGACUGCCAGUUUGUGUGCAUCGCACAAGAGGACUACUGCCGCAUCCUCAACCAUGUGGAGAAGAACACACACAAGGUGGAGGAGGAGGGCGAGAUCGUCAUGGUGAAGGAGCACAGAGAGCUGGACCGCAGCGGCACCAGGAAGGGCCACAUCGUCAUUAAGGGCACUCCUGAGCGUCUGAUCAUGCACCUGGUGGAGGAGCCGUCAGUGGUGGAUCCCACUUACAUUGAGGACUUCCUCCUGACGUACCGCACAUUCCUGUCCAGCCCCAUGGAAGUGGGCAAGAAACUUCUGGAAUGGUUCAAAGUGGACAGUCUCAGAGAGACGGUGACGAGAAUCGUGUUGUUGUGGGUAAACAAUCAUUUCAACGACUUUGAAGGCGAUCCGGUCAUGACUCAGUUCCUGGAGGACUUUGAGAAGUUGCUGGACUCCUCGAAAAUGAAGGGUCAUCUGCGUCUGCUGAACAUCGCGUGUGCUGCUAAAGCCAAGUGUCGUCAGAUCACGCUGCAGAAGCCAUCCAGAGAGUCUCCGCUGUUCUUCACGGUUCAGGGCGGCAGUGAGCGCAGCUUCGGCAUUUUCGUGGAGACUGUGGAGGAGGCCAGUAAAGCUGCAGAAGCAGGGCUCAAGCGUGGAGAUCAGAUCAUGGAGAUCAAUGGGCAGAACUUUGAGAACAUCUCGUACUCCAAAGCCAUGGAUAUCUUGAAGAACAACACACACCUCUCUCUUACUGUGAAGACCAACAUCUUCGUUUUCAAAGAGCUUCAGAGCCGCGUGAGGAACGAGAAGAAGAACGGUGGUCCUCACAUCCCUAAGAUUCAGGAGAGGAAGAGCAACCGCUUCUCCAUCCCGGAUCUGCCCGGUGACUUGGAGUUUCCCUCGGACAGCAAGAGCCGCAAGAAGAUGAAGGCCAACACAGUGUCUGGAGGACGCAACAAGAUCCGUAAGAUGUUGGAGAAGACCAGAUUCAGCAUCCUGCCUCCAAAGCCCUUCAGUGACGGUGGCAUGUCUCAGUCUCAGGACGACAGUAUCGUGGGCACUAAGCAGUGCCGGCACAGUGUGGCCAUAAUGCCCAUCCCGGGCAGCCUGUCAUCCAGCAGUCCUGACCUGCUUCAGCCCGCCGCCAGCGCUCUGGACUUUUCCAACCCUUCAGUGGCUGGUUUCUACUACAUUCCAGAUCAGGUGAUCCGCGUGUUCAAGGCCGACCAGCAGAGCUGCUAUAUCAUCAUCAGUAAAGACACCACAGCCAAAGAUGUCGUCUCGCAUGUGGUCAGCGAGUUCGGCCUAAUCGCCGCUCCAGAGACCUACUCGCUGUGUGAGGUUUCCGUUAGUCCUGAAGGAGUCAUCAAACAGCGCCGACUGCCCGACCAGCUCUCAAAACUAGCGGACCGCAUCCAGCUCAAUGGCAGGUACUACCUGAAGAACAACAUGGAGACAGAGACGCUUUGCUCUGAUGAAGACGCUCAGGAGCUCUUGAGGGAGAGUCAGAUCAGUCUCCUGCAGCUUAGCACAGUGGAGGUGGCUGCGCAGCUCUCCAUGAGAGACUUUGGCCUGUUCCGUAACAUCGAGUCCACCGAGUAUGUGGAUGACCUGUUUAAGCGGGACCCCGGCGGUGGAGGCAGCAGCCACCUGAAGCAGUUUGAGGAGGUCAUCAACCAGGAGACCUUCUGGGUGGCCACUGAGCUUUUGCGCGAGCCCAACGCACUCAAACGCAUGAAGACCAUCAAGCACUUUAUCAAGAUCGCCCUGCACUGCCGCGAGUGCAAGAACUUCAACUCCAUGUUUGCCAUCAUUAGAGAUAUUUUAAGUAACGAUUCGAGUGUUGACGGCCUGGUGAAUUUCGAAAAGUUACGAAUGAUCGCCAAGGAGAUACGAAAUGUGGUGCGCAUGACGUCAGCCAACAUGGACCCAGCGCUCAUGUUCAGACAGAGGAAGAAGAGGUGGAAGAGUUUAGGGUCUCUGAGUCAGGGCAGCACCAACUCGAACCUGCUGGACGUUCAGGGCAGUCACAAGAAGCGCGUGCGGCGCAGCUCUCUGCUCAACGCCAAGAAGCUGUACGAGGACGCACAGAUGGCACGUAAGGUGAAGCAGUACCUGGCACACCUGGAGGUGGAGACGGACGAGGAGAAGUUCCAGAUCAUGUCGCUGCAGUGUGAAGCGGCCUACAGCACACUGUCUAAGAACCUGAGCGAGCGGCGGUCCACUAAAUCAGACAUGUCCCCGGUGUCCGUGCGCUCCGGUGUGUCUUCAGCCAAGCCUCAGAACCGCGUCUCCCAGGUGCUGCAGGUGCCUCCCGUCAGCCUGUACCCUCUGCGCAAGAAGAGCAUCGCCAAAGACCUGUCCGCAUCCUUCGGUCCCAACUCACCUCAGAUGCUGAAGAAAGCAGCUGGUGCGGCCGAAGACACGGCCACCGUCUCGUGUCUGCACUCCAGUCCUACCGUCUCCCCACAGGGAUCUCCUCGCAAAGUGGGCGGAGCUCCCAGACAGAACUGCGGUCAGCUGAACCUGUCGGGUUCGUCCUCGUCUCUAGCCAGUGAGGUCGGCGUCAGGACCACAGGCGGACGCUCGUAUGGCAUAGGUUACGCACUCUUGCCCGCCGUCAGGUCCGACCUGUCUGACUCCAGCGAGAUCUCCUCGCGCUCCAGCAUCGUCAGUAACGGCUCCGUGGACUCCAUGCCCACAGCGCCCACCGUCAGCGUCCCGUCAGAGACGCCCGCAAACACUCCAGCCAACUGCAGUCAGCCCGGCACGAGUUCAUCUUCAGCUCAACACCUUGUCGUGAGGGAGACCAGCUUCACGUUCUCCAGCAGUGCGGAGGAGCUGACGGUUCCCGAGCAAACCUCCAUCUCUGAGCUGGCCGACAGCGGCCGCGGGAGCUGGACCUCCUGCUCUAGUAACUCCCACGACAACCUCCAGACUCUUUCAGGCCAGCGAGCUCUGGACCUGCUCAACCAUCGCCACACGCCCAUGGGCGGCCCGAUCGCCGAGGUGGAGAUCGGCCCGGGUUUGCCAGAGGACAGCUGCUCCAGAGACGGAUCUGAGCUCAGUCAGUCCAGACAGAGCUGGACGUCCUCCAGUUCCCUGUCGGACACCUACGAGGGCAGCUACGGCACCAUCAAACGCAAGACGCAAGAUCAGCAAAGCACAGACGCUUCGUACAAGACGAUCACGUCCAGCACGGAGAAGGGACUCAUAGUGUACUGUGUAACGUCACCCUGCAAAGAUGAUAGGCUCAAAGCGCCGCCCCCGACUCCGCCGGGCUACCAGGGCCUGACGCUGGGCGACGCGCAGGACAGAGGAGCCUCGCGGCCGACCCACGUAAAGCCGCCCGAGUAUAGCGUGGCCUUGCAGAGGUGCAAGCUGCGACACAGUCUCGCCGAGCCCAACCUGUCCAGACCACCCAGUGUUACUCUCCAUUCUCACGCUGAUAGUGAGGAGGAUGAGCAGGUUUCUGCUGUUUGACCGGACGUCGGCGCUUCACGGACACUCAUGCUUUACACUCCAGGUUCGUGCCAGAGAAGGUACUCUUCAGCUUUGCAGCAUCUUUGAGGUCAUUCAACGACAAAACAACUCGAGACGGAAGUUUUCAGUGACCGGUGAAGAAGCCGCCUCCGUCUCUCCAAAUGUUUCCUUAAGCUGACGUCUUAUUUUUCACUCACCUGUCAUGCACUGUUCACCAUCCGCUCAGUUCCUCUCGGAGAAAACAGAUUUGAUAGAGCAUCACACCGUGUGCAUGCAGCACCUCUGGCAUCCAACACAGAUCAAAUAUGCUUCAGAGACAAACCUCUAUGGUACUUUAACGAUGCACACUCUUCUGGUUUGUUUGUGAAGUUGAACAAGCUUUGUGAGAUCAGGACGGUUCGUCGGCGACGCUUGAUUUCAGCAUCUGACGUGUUUACACACAUUCUCAGUUUACAGUGUUUCUUCUCGCUGAAAUGCGCAUCGUGCUGCGCUGCCUGUUUUUUUACGCAAUAAGGAUGGUGCGGAUGCGUCGUCUGAUUUGUACAGUCUCAGCUAUUGGAUUUGCUACUCCUGUCGUUGUACAUAGUUAGUGAGAUUGAUACUGCUUGUCAAGGGAAAAUAUAUUUAUAUGCUAGAUGUGCAUUUUCAUUCCUUGUUAGCUCAUGCUCUUUGGACGGGACAUUUUGUAUAGAAUGCAAA